CUAUCGGCGUCUCUCUCAUUCCGCUUCUGUCACCUAUAGUGACGUGGCUGCUUAUUAUUUGUUGGCUCUCUCUCUUUUACCCUCUUUUUCAUAUUAGAGAAUUUCGUGUUUCGCUUUCUCCAUUGGUCUCCAUCGCUGGCUACAAAAAUGGCAGACGAGAUUGAGCUGAAAACUGCCCCUGCUGAUUUUCGAUUUCCCACAACAAAUCAAACACGACACUGUUUUACCCGCUACAUUGAGUUUCACAGGUGCUUGGCAGCAAAGGGUGAAGAACCUAAAGAAUGUGAUCGAUUUGCCAAAUACUACCGUGCCCUUUGCCCUGGUGAAUGGGUUGAGAGGUGGAAUGAGCAGAGGGAGAAUGGCUCAUUUCCAGGUCCUCUUUGAUCUCGCAUUGGCACCCGGGUGAACGUUUUUAUGCACAUUGUUCUGUGUUUAUCUUUGUUUAGCUCCUAUUUUGGUUGUCAGCUGAGCAUGAAUUAAUAAUAAUAUACCUCCAGGAAUUUCCUUGAGCUUUUGGACCUGACAGUAAAUAUUCUGGAUAAAUUGAUCUAUGUUUUUGUUUGUCUUGA